UUAUAUAAACUUUUGUCACCCCGAGUGAAAGAAUUAGUGGUAAACUGACAGGUUGAACUUAUAUGAAGGACAUGAUGCAGCAAGACACAACGAAGAGGAAAGUGAACAUCGUUACGAGUACUACUAUUUAAUGCUUGUGUGUCUGUUCUGACGUUGGCCUCGGUUUUUGUUGUGCUCAGAAAUGUUUGCUGCACGUAAUUUGUUCAGACCCCUACGGGUGUCUACCCGGAGUCACUUUAGAAAUUUAUCAGCGGAUGUUCCGGUUGCCCCCAAGAAAAAGAGGCGCAUCCUCAGAGCAGUUGGCAAGACAUUAGGGGGGAUAGCUAUCGUUGUACCGGCUGCAGGUGGUGUUUACUACAGUAUAAGUGAUGACAUUACUCGGCGACAAAUUAGAGUAACUGUGGAAGGCAUUGGAAGGUUUUUCAGGUCACUUAAGGUUGGUGCAAUGAUCUCGUUAGACUACAAAUGGUCAACCUAUGGCAUGGAUGAAACAAGUGACGAGUACAUGGACGCUCUCCGUGGUGCUCAUCAGCGUUCAGCAGAACGUAUUUUGAAAGGUUGUCUUCAGAAUGGUGGUCUGUAUGUAAAAUUAGGCCAAGGUUUAGUGUCGAUGAAUCAUGUGUUGCCUAAAGAAUAUGUAGAUACCCUAAAGGCUUUGCAAGACCAGUGUUUAAAUAGAAGAUAUGAUGAGAUUGGCCUCCUUUUUAAAGAGGAUUUUGGAAAGUCACACAAGGAAAUGUUUGCAGAAUUUGAAGAUGAACCGAUUGCAGCAGCAAGUUUAGCUCAGGUGUUCCGUGCCAAAACACAUGAAGGAGAGGAUGUUGCUGUGAAGGUGCAGUACAUAGACCUCCAAGAUCGAUUUUGGGGUGAUAUUGCAACGAUAGAACUUCUUUUGGAAAUGAUACAGUUGAUGCAUCCUAAAUUUGCUUUGAAAUGGGUUAUGAAGGACCUGAAAGGUACACUUGAGCAAGAAUUAGACUUCCUCAAUGAAGGGCGCAAUGGUGAACGAUGUGCUGAUGAACUUUCUAAAUUUAAGUUUGUUUAUGUACCAAAAAUUCAUUGGGAUUUGAGUAGCAAGAGAGUAUUAACUGCAGAGUUUAUAGAUGGACUUAAGGUCAGCGAUAAAGAAGGUCUAGCAAAAGCUGGUCUUAAUUUAGUUGAUAUAGACAAGAAACUCAUCAAUGCGUUUGCAGAACAGAUUUUCCAUACAGGUUUCGUACAUGCUGACCCUCAUCCUGGAAAUGUUUUAAUUCGUCAAAGUAAACAUGGGGGAGCAGAAAUUGUGAUUUUAGAUCAUGGUUUGUAUCAGUUUUUACCUACCUCUGUAAGACAACCACUUUGUCGACUUUGGAAGGCUAUCGUUGUUGGAGACCAUGAGAAUAUGAAAGAAAAUUCAGCACAGUUGGGAGUUGCAGGUAAGAUUGUUUUCUGUAGAUUUUUUAUGGUAAUAUAUUUUAGGAAAACUUAAGGGGGCCGGCCGGAAUCCUUA